GCAUACUAAAAAGUUCCUUAUAAAAUAAUCACAGUUGAAAAAUAUGAUUGUGUGAAAUGGAUUACAAAUAAAUAGGCACCAGAUUUAUAAUAUAGUGGAUUAAAAAUAUUAAAAAGAGAAAUAAAUGAAUCAGAUAAUUAACAAAUUAAAACAUAAGAAAUAGAAUUUUCAGCUAAGCAUUUAAUUAUUGUUUAACUAAAAGAUUAUUUAAGUAAAUAUGUAUUUUAAAAUCAUUUUUAAGAUGAAUAUUAAUUAAUGGCUUAAAUUGGAAAAGGAAAUUAUGCCAGAGUUUUUUCAGCUAGACACAGAGUUUCAAAUAAAAAGAUUGCAGUUAAAUGUUUUAGUAAAGAAAAAUUAUACAAUUCAGAAAACGGCUUAAAAUCAUUAUAUAAAGAAAUAAAAAUACUAUAAAAUUUAGGAAAUCAUCCUAAUAUAAUAGAAUUUAUAGGAAAUUAUGAAGGAAAUAGCACAUAUUAUAUUGUUUUAGGAAUACUAGAUGGUGACUCUCUUUACUAAACAAUUAAAAAGGCAAAAGAAGAAAAAAAAUUUACACAUGAAGAAACACAAAUAAUUAUAAAAUAAAUUAUUUUAGGUGUAAAACAUAUAUAUGAUAAAUAAAUAAUGCACAGAGAUUUGAAACCGGAAAAUAUAAUGUUCAAAAAUAAAGAUAAAUUAGAUUCCUUAGUAAUAGUAGAUUUCGGUCUUGCUGAUUUUACAAAUGAUGUUCCUUAUUUAUUCAGUAAAUGUGGAACUCCAGGUUAUGUAGCACCAGAAGUAGCAAAUUACGUGGAAAAAGAAAAAAAAGGAUAUUCAGCUAUAUGUGAUAUGUUUUCAGUUGGAGUUAUUUUACAGAUCUUUAUUUACUGGAAAGAAAUUUAAUGA